AUGCAGCCAGAAGCGCAGAAUGCGACUUCGGGACCCAAAGGACCUCUCGAGUGGGGCCAGAUCAACUUUAUGCACACCACCGAUACGCAUGGGUGGCUGGAAGGACAUAUCAAAGAGCAAAAUUACGGUGCAGACUGGGGAGACUACGUGAGCUUCACAAAGCACAUGAAGAAGAAAGCCGACAAGCUUGGUGUAGAUCUGCUUUUAGUUGAUACCGGGGACCUUCAUGAUGGCGCGGGCUUGAGCGACGCGACAACCCCCAACGGCAAUGUUUCCAAUGCCAUAUUUGAGAACGUCGACUACGAUCUGCUUACCAUUGGCAAUCACGAGCUCUAUGUUACCGAAAUUGCGUAUGAGACAUUCGGCCAAUUUGCAAAGGUCUACGGAGACAAAUACAUCACUAGCAAUGUCCAGAUCAGAAACCCUACCACCGGGCAAUUUGAAUACAUCGGAUCGAAGUAUCGUUACUUCAAGACGAAGCAAGGGCUCCACGUCAUGGCCUUUGGAGUGUUGUUUGAUUUCACCGGCAACUCAAACGUUUCUAAAGUCAUCAAAGCUGCUGACAUGGUCAAUCAGACUUGGUUUCGCGAAGCUGUCAACUCUCCUAAGCCAAUUGAUCUCUUCGUGAUGCUCGGACAUAACCCUGUUCGCACGAAUGUGUCUAGCAGCACAUUCGGCACUGUUUUCAGCGCCAUUCGCAGUAUGAGACCGGAUGUGCCUAUUCAGGCUUUCGGUGGUCACACACAUAUCCGCGAUUUCGUGGUAUACGACAACAAAGCGACAGGACUCGAGUCUGGACGAUACUGUGAAACUCUAGGCUGGCUAGCCAUGACUGGCAUCAACGCCCCUAAAUACAAUGCCAAGCAAAACCCCAAGGGCGUUCCUCAUCCAACUCGAAGUGCAGUCCCAGCUCUCAGCUCCGGAACGACAACUGCAAGUGUACAUUUCCCGACUUCAACCUCCAACUCUUCGCUUCUCUAUGCUCGACGAUACUUGGACUGGAACCGCUUGACUUUCGCCUACCACGCGGAGGGUAGUCAAUCGUACGCCCAUUUUGACACCGAGAAAGGCCUUGCAGUCACUUCUGAGAUCACAUCAGAUCGGGCAAAACUGAACCUUACGAGCCUGUACGGAUGUGCACCAGCAACGUACUGCCAGUACUGCAAGCCAUUCCUCGCAGAAGGGAACAUUUUUGGAUUGUUGCAAACUGCUCUCGCCACUGUCGUCGUGAACGAGACCCGAAAAGAUAUUCCCCGCAUCAUCAUCAUCAACACUGGAAGCGUUCGAUUUGACCUUGCUAAGGGUCCGUUCACCUACGAUGAUUCCUUCAUCGUUUCCCCAUUCAAGGAUGCUUUCCAGUAUAUCCCCAACGUUCCCUAUGAGCAAGCCUCAAAAGUCCUCGGCAUCUUAAACGCGGGCCCAUUCCAGAAGAAGAAGAGGGACAUGACAACCGCCGACUUUGAUUUCACCCCUGUUCUUGCUGACAAAGAUACUUGCCUCGAUCCACCUAUCACCCACUCAUACGAAGGCAUGACCCGACGAUCCAAGCAGGGCGGUCGCCUCAUCAGGCGCCAGUCCACUACCCCUUCGCCUGGUCCCGUCACAACCGACGACUUCGGCACUGACGGUGACGACACCAUUCACUCGCGCAUACCCAACUACUCACAGCCCAACGAUCUCCAAGCAAACGGCUCCUUCCCCACUGACGGCUCUGUGCCGGAAACCGUCGACAUGGUGUUCUUGGACUUCAUCGCGAGCUACAUUGUCAAUGCUCUGAACCAGCCAGACGUUGGUGGAAGUUACUCGUUGAGCCAGGUUUCAUACUAUAUGGAUGAGAGCUUCACUACUAACAGCUAUCUCCCUGCGUAUGCGAAAGUUGCGUGGCAGGCUAACGUGCCCAACUGCCCAGUUGGUACAGGAAUUGGGAGUGCUUAG